UUCAUAUUUUUUUUCAACCAACGUUUUUUAUAGAAUAAAAAAAAAACGGGCUUGAACUUGUUUACUUGUCAGUUGCUCAGUAAACUGAAGCCCAACUCAAAAUUUAUUCAUAAUAAUUUUGGCGCGAUAAUAACCACGUGUUACCUCAACUCCAAAACAGUAAACAAUAAAAAGUAAAUAAUUGCAAAAAUAAAUAAUUAAAUAACAACAGACUAUUUAUUAGUAAACAGAGUUAAUUAUAUAAAUGUUUAAGUUGUAAAGCAAUAAUUUGAAAUGUCACAAAAAAAUUCAAAGUUAAGUCCGAUACCGGCAACAAAAUUCUACAGCAGUUGCAGUCAAGUAAGAGAAAAAAUAAAAGAUAUUGAGGAUCGUAGCAAGAGUUAUCAUUUAAUUAAUAAUAGUAGUUACAAUUUAACUAAAGAACGAAUGCCCCAGAGUUUAUUAGGACCAACGCAAGACUGGGCUGAAUUUUAUCGGCAAGCGGAAGCACUCGAGCUAGCAGAUGCUAAAUCAACAAGUAUUAAUAUUCUACUGACAUUUGUUUACGAACAACCAAAUGGCCACCGUAGAUUUAUUGUUGCACAUCCAGAAGUCUAUUGGUGGUAUUUUAAUCGCGCACUGCCUGAAAGACGUUGCGCUUAUGAGGUAAUACCGGAAGGAAAUCCCUGCUGCCUAUACCUAGAUCUCGAGUAUCAGAACGACUUGAACCCACGUAAAAAUGGUCCACACAUGACACAAACUCUGAUCGAAAUAAUAAUCUGUUACUUUCUCAAGCACUGGGGGUUGUCAAUUACCAAAAAAAAUGUCCUGAAUCUCGACUCAACCACACAGAGUAAAUUCAGCAGACAUUUAAUUUUCCGUAUCAAAGACACAGCAUUCACCGACAACAUUAACGCCGGGCGUUUUAUAAAGUCUAUUUGCAGUGAUAUCGAGGAGUACAUCGCAACAGACGGUGUUGCAUUUCACGACGUCCUCAGUUACUUUAAACGCGAGGACUUGGAAGAAUUGUUUAUCGAAACAGGCAAACGUAAGAAAUUAUUUAUCGACACUGCUGUGUACUCGCGCAAUCGUCACUUUCGUAUUUACAAAGCAACCAAAUGGGGAAAAUUAUCUCACUUAGUGCGAGCUAAAGAUUGUAAAUUCAAACCGAUAAAAGAAAAUCGUGACAAAGAGCUAGAAAUAUUUUUAGAAUCACUGGUUACUUAUUUUACAAACAAAAGUGAUUUACAUUUAUUGGAAUUUACUGAUGAAAGUGGACCAGAUUCGAUAAAAUAUGAUCGUAGUACACAAUUUAAAAAUUCAUCCCAACUUACACGCGAUCAAUAUCAAUCAUCACCUUAUCCUGCUAUCGAUAAAUUUAUUAUGGGAAUCGUCAAGCCUGGGACUAUCAGAGUAUCGAAAUAUUUUGAUGACAGACAGAAAAUUGCCUAUGAAAUAAUUGGCAACAGAUACUGUGCUAACGUUGGUAGACAACAUAAAAGUAACAACGUAUACUGGAUUGCUGAUUUAAAAAAUAAAAUUGUUUAUCAGAAAUGUCAUGACCAGGAAGACUGCGCUGAUUUUAAAUCCGAGCCAAUACCAUUUACUGAUGAGUUAUGUUUUAUGCUGGAUGAAGAUGACGAUGAUAUUUUCUUUAGUAUCGAUGCUAAAAAAUAAAAGGAGUAUUGAUGAAAACCAGAUUAGGUUUCUCGAGUAAUUUUAGUUAUUUUUUUGUAAGUGAAGAAUUUUUUUUUUUUUAUGAUAUUUAUAAUAAUUUGUAAUAAUUAUUUAAAAAUAUGAAUAAAUCGAGUCUAAAAAUGUGUGACUUGUAAAAAAAUUAAAAUGUUUAAAAAUAAUUGUAAAAAAAAAAGUUUUUUGGUGAAAAAUCAAACAAAUUAAAAUAAUUUGUAAUAAUUACGUGUAAAAAAAAAAAAUUCGUUUUAAAAAAUUUUAAAAAAAAGGUCAGCGUGGAACUUCUACCCGAAGCAAAUUAAAAUCGCGAGCAGAACUUAUGUAAUUUUGAAAAUAAAAAAAAAAGUGUUUGGAUUUUAUAUGAGAGAAUUUUGAGUAAAAAAAAAAUGUUUUUAAAACAUAUUUUUACUUCAUUUUACCCUCGUUUCGAAAAAGUUCCCAUAAGAAUUCAAAAACGUUCAUAAAAAACUCCGCGAAUUCAAAAUUUUUGAAUGUUUUCAAAAAUAUGUUUUAAAAACAUUCUUUUUUUACUCAAAAUUCACUCAUACAAAUUCCUAGAUAAAUUUUUUUUUGCUAUCAAAAUUACAAAAGUUCAAAAAAAAAAAAAUUCGACUCAAAAUUCUAAUCCCUUCCAAGUCUAGAACUAUUUUUGAACGAAUUUUUUUUUACGCGGGUAAUUACUAGAAAAAAUAACAAUAGGAAUUAAAAAUUUUUCCAUGAAAAUGUUUUUCAAAAAAGUCAAACGGA